AUGGGGAAUUAUACAAGAUACCAGACUGCGCGGUUCACUCCACGGCCUGAGACCGCAGUCUACCACACUCUGCAUUUAUUCGCUGAGCUGACGUUUUCUGGCGGCGCGGUCAUAUGCAGUCUAGUGGUAAUGUACAUGGCCAUAUUCCGCACCAACAACAAAGCCGUCAAAGUUUACGCGCUAAUGUUAAUUAUGAAUGCAACCGUCGACCUAACGUACAGUGUUGUUAACCUCGUCGCAAUGCCGGUAAGUUGCCUCUUCCCUUUCUCACAGUAAAAUUUGCAGAUCUUUUUCAUUUACAACGGUUUGUUCAUAGUGGCGACUGGGAACCCCUUCUUAAGAGAUAAACAGUAUGCAGCCCUCGUUGUUUCAAGCCUUCAGGGCUUCCUGACCUACCUCUCUGUGGUCAUCUUGCCCAUUCAAUAUAUUUAUCGCUAUAGUGUGGUACGAAACAGGCCCUUAACGACAUACCAACUAAUUAUAAUUCUACUUAUCGCAAUGCUGUAUCCAUUCGUCCACGGAGUUCUCUGCUAUUUGACCUUUAAUCCUCCAACCCCCGAAUAUGAUGCGAUUUUGGAAUUGGAUCCUGUGGUUGCAUCACUGGGUUACCUGCCACCUUACUAUGUGGGGGACAUUAAAUCUUCCUUUCUUAUGACUUUUCAUAUGGCUAACUGCAUGAUCAUCACUGUCAUAAGCUAUGCAGUCAUCACCGUAGUGUUCUUGAAGACAAAAAAAGAAUUCAUCAAAAUGGAGUCGAAAAUGUCUCAUCAAACCAAAAAAGUUCAACGACAGAUGGAGCGCGUCAUUUUCAUUCAGGUCAGUCCUUUCCAACGUCACAUUUUCAAACGAAAAUUGCAUAAAUUCGACCAUAUUUUUCAGGCGUUAUUUCCGAUCCUUGUCCUCUUCAUCCCCGGCACAUACCUGCCAGUCGCGGCGUUUUUCCAGUUUAACAGCACCUUGAGCGGAGAAUUUUUGGCUUUGAUCCACACCACUCCACUGUUCAAUUCAAUAUGCGUCAUGCUCUGUGUCCCAUCUUAUCGUCGAUUGGUCACACGUGCAUUUGCCCGACGCACAGGCCCCUCGUCGCUUUUGUCGACGGACGGCAAACCGACCUCAAUACACUCCGAGACUUGGAGAAAUUCUGACAACUGA